CGUUAUGCUGACUGACGGGGGACUAUAUCUUGUCUCCAUCGAUCUGGCAUUUGCACUGCGCAGCUUACCUUGGUAACGUGAACUCUGCAUACCAUAACAACAUGCCUGCAGACAAGAGGAAGAAGUCCAAGACGCCAGAGGAGGUCCCAGAGCCGGGUAACCCGGAAAGGAAGAGAGUGUUGAACGUCCUAGCUCAAAGGAGAUAUCGUCAACGGCGACGAGAGAAAAUAGCGGCAUUGGAAGCCCAAGCAAAACAGUCGUCCGAUCAACAACAUGAUGGCGGCGCCUGGCUCGAACCACAGAAUACAGCCAGCGCAGCCUCAGAGACCAUGUCAGAAGAGUCGCCUGAAGGAAUCGAAGAAGUGAUACGAGACGCAGAAUACGUUGGCUUUGCUUCAUUAGACUUCAAUCAGGUCCCACUAGAUAUGCAACUCUUCCAAGAUUUCAGCUUCUCCAACCUCCCCAGUCCAAUACCCUCCACCCCGACAUCGACAGAGCCGUCUCUCAACUUCCCCAUAACCCCUGACGGCGGGCAACUCAGCAUCCCCAUCCUUCCUGUUAUGCGCGCCUUUGCUACAAUAGCGACAGCUCUCGACCUCGUAAGCCACAUCUAUGACCCAUCGUAUCUUCACACCCUCCCGCCGGCACCGCCCCCGAGCCUUCCGUCAAACCUACACCCAACGCCAUCACAAAUCACCAUCCCACAUCACCCCUUUAUCGAUACCCUGCCAUGGCCGUCCGUUCGGGAGAAGCUCAUCUGCAUGUUCUCAUUGCCUUCUGCACUGCGUCCACCCAUUGCGCAAGACGACGAGGGCGAUGAAGGCCAAAGCAAAGCUGUGGUACGGCUUGCUCAAGACUUGGAUGACUGCAAUGAGGGGGUGAGGAUCCAUGGGAAUAUGGUAGGGUGGCAUGCGUCGAACGAGCUGGUGGAGGAGGCGUGGGAGAUAGGUGAAGUCUUCUUCAGGAAUUGGUGGUGGUGCCUUGACGGGAAGAUUGUCGAAACUACAAAUCGACGUAGGAGGGAGAGAGGGUUGGGCGCGCUGAGGAUCAAAGGAUAAACUUCAUCAACGUAGGUUGUAGAACGUAAAGGCUUCGCUUCGAGUAGCGAAACCCCUCAUUACCCCCCGAAGGCCUCCAGGAGUCGUCUUCGGAGCCAAACAUUUAGGCAUGCUUGUAUGUAUCUCACGCCAGUUAUUGAGAAAAUAAUA